AUGCCGGACCUCGCCGCCGCCGAGCUCAGCAUUCCGGCCGAGCAGAUCCCCGAUCCCGCAAAGCCACUGGUGGUUCCCGUCGACACCACAGUGGUGUCCUCUGAGCUCCUCUACUCGGGGGAUGCAAGCGUCGUGGGUCCAGAUUCCUCAGUGGGGGCCGCCAUUAGUGGCUCCUCCCGUUUGUAG